CUGUUUCAAUCUCCCACACACAAACAAAGACUAAUCCAAAACAAAAGAGAAGAUGGACUUCACCCCAAUUUUACUUGUAUCUUUUCUGCUUAUCUUGAUCUCAAUCAAGUUCUUGUUCAAAAACUCAACUCGGAAACUGAAUCUUCCUCCUUCUCCUGCUUACUCUUUACCGUUCAUAGGCCACCUCCAUCUCCUCAAGCACCCUGUCCACAGAACAUUCCUCUCUCUCUCUCAAUCACUCGGAGACACUCCUAUCAUCCACCUCCGCCUAGGAAACCGCCUCGUCUACGUCAUCUCCUCGCAUUCUUUAGCGGAAGAAUGCUUCACAAGAAACGAUAUAGUUCUUGCUAACCGUCCCGAGCUUAUCAUCGGGAAACAGGUUACCUACAACUCCACCAUCGUGAUUGCAGCUCCUUACGGCGACCACUGGAGGAAUCUCCGCCGCAUCGGCGCCGUUGAGAUAUUCUCUACUCAUAGGGUCAAUACCUUCGCGUCUAUCCGUAAAGAUGAGAUCCGACGGCUCAUUACACACCUCUCGAGAAACUCCUUACACGGAUUUGUUGAAGUGGAGAUGAAAUCAUUAUUAACCAACUUGACUUUCAACAAUGUUAUCAUGAUGGUAGCCGGAAAACGAUAUUACGGUGAAGGCACAGAAGACAACGAUGAGGCCAGAGUGGUAAGGCAACUCGUAUCGGAGGUUGUGGCGGGUGCUGGUGCUGGAAACCUAGCUGACUAUCUUCCCAUCAUACGUUGGGUCACAAAUUUUGAAAAACGGGCCAAAAUUUUGGGGAAACAGUUCGAUGGAUUCUUGCAAAGACUUGUCGAUGAGAAACGUGCAGAUAAAGAAAGGGGUCAAACUUUGAUCGAUCACUUGCUUUCCCUCCAAGAAAUCCAACCUGACUAUUAUACUGAUGUCAUCAUCAAAGGAAUAAUACUCACUAUGAUUCUUGCGGGGACUGAAACGACAGCAGUAACUCUAGAAUGGGCAUUGUCGAAUUUGUUGAACCAUCCAGAGAUACUUAAGAAAGCAAGAGCAGAAAUAGAUGAUAAAAUCGGUUCAGACCGGUUACUUGAAGAAUCAGACAUUGAGAAUCUCCCUUAUCUCCAGUACAUCGUGUCUGAAACACUUCGUUUGUACCCUUCGGUUCCUCUACUAAUCCCACAUUUAUCAUCAGAUGAUUGUAAAGUUGCGGGAUACCAUAUGCCACGUGGCACCAUUUUGUUAACAAACGUAUGGGCUAUGCAUAGAGACCCUCGUAUAUGGGAAGAGGCAGAGAAGUUCAAGCCGGAGAGAUUUGAGAAAAAAGGAGAGGCUCAGAAGUUAAUGCCGUUUGGGAUGGGACGAAGAGCUUGUCCAGGAGCCGAGCUUGGGAAGCGGCUAGUGAGUUUGGCUCUUGGGUGUUUGAUUCAGUGUUUCGAGUGGGAGAGACUUGGUGAAGAGCUUGUGGACAUGAAGGAAGAGAAAGGGAUGUCUAUGCCUAAAGCUACUCCUUUGCGAGCCAAGUGCAAGUCACGUGUCGUGGCCCAUAAAAUGAUACAGUCUAUGUAAUUAUUUGUGUAGAACCCUAUAGUGAUGGUUCAUCAAGAAUUUCGGAAAUAUAAGUAUUGAGUGGUUCAAAUUAAAAGUUUUGUUUAAUAAGCGUCUUUGAUGCAGAGCUAUAUAUGUCAGUGUGUUGGGUGAGAGUUGGAACAGGGUUUAUUAACGUCAUUUUAUACUUAAGUUAUAACUGCAUUUCUGCAAUUUUAGUUAAUUCUUUUUAUAAAUGAUCCUCAAUU